CAUUUGGGGGAUAUCUGUACUGUCCUGACAUUUGGGGGAUAUCUGUACUGUCCUGACAUUUGGGGAUAUCUGUACUGUUCUGACAUUUGGGGGAUAUCUGUACUGUCCUGACAUUUGGGGGAUAUCUGUACUGUCCUGACAUUUGGGGGA